GUGAUUAGUUUUCCGCUACUGUUCUUUGUGGAAACUAUAGCGGAAAACUAUCGCAUUAAAAAAAUUAAAUAUACUAAUCCGCGGCUGUUCCACAUAGGAACGGUGGCGGAAAAAUAAAGAAAAACAACAGACCUGCAUCAGAUCUGCGCCUUCGCCUCUCACUCACUCACUCACCCAUUCGAUUUUUCACUUCAUCGCCUCGCCGUCUUUCUUGCUCAAAGAAAAACGACCAGAUCUGAAUCGCCACCGCCUCUAGUCGCCACUCUCUCGCCGUCUCUCACUUCACCUUGCCCAUCCACAACCUCUCCACCGCCACAGCUCAGAUUUAGCGACGCCCGCAACCACCGCCACAGCCGCUGUCGUCACUGCCACAGCUCACUCAGUCGGUCUCCUUCGCCGUUGCCACCGUACCGCCGUCGUCUCCUCCGCCUCCGCCCCAGCCACCGUCGGCCGCUGUCUCCGCGUACUGCCAGUCUGUGCAGGUAAAUAUAGACAACAAUGACUGAUCAAUCUACAUCUACUCCUUCAGACACUCCUACUUUAGAACCUACUUCUGCUUCUACAAAUAAAGGAAGAGGCCCUACAACAUGCAGAAGCUUGAAAAAGAAGAAGGCUACUGAACAACUUUCAGUUCAUUUUGAUCAAUAUGGUAGGGUAAUCGGACCAUAUGCGACGAAGUUUGUAUCGUAUAUUGGGAGUUUGGUUCGGUCUCAAGUUGAUAUUAACAUCAAGAAGUGGCGUGAUGUAGAUGCAGGCCUUAAAAAUAUCAUUUGGGAAGAUGUGAAGAAAGAGUUUGAUUUGCAAGAUGAUUCAAGGAAGUCUAAUGUUUUGAAAAUUGCAUCACUGAGAUGGAAACAAUUCAAGAGUAGAUUGAUACGUGAAUAUGUUAACAACAAACACCCAAAGUAUAAGUCUCCUAUAGAGCUUUAUGAUUUCUUGGGUGAAGAUCAGUGGACUAGGUUUGUUGCAGGACGGCAGACUGAAGAGUUUAAGGAAAAAUCUAAAAAAGCGAGGGAAAUGCAAGCGUUAAAUAAGCAUCCACACUUCUUAGGUUCUGGUGGAUAUGCGAAGAAACGACAAGAGUGGAUGCAAUCAGACCCUCUAUCUUCACAGUCUUCGUGUGCGUCUGUUAGCUCGUCUUUGAUGUCUGAUGAUCGCAGCUUUGAUUGGAUACGAGCAAGGACCAAAAAAGCAGACGAUGGAAGUUACUUUAUGCCGAAUGAAAAAACACAAGAAGUGUUUCAUAAAAUUGUAGAAAAAUGUGAAGAAAUCAAUCAAGGGACAUUUGAACCCAAGAGACAUCAUGACAUACUGUCAACAGUUCUUGGAAAGGAAGAUCAUCCAGGUUCUGUACGAGGGAUUGGUUCAUACUCUACCAUCCAAGGAGUGUUUGGUAGACCGGAUCGAAAAAUGAGCACAUCGGGUGAGGUUUUCACAGUGGAUGUUGUCAAAGAAAUGAUGAACAAAUGUAGGCAAGACAUGGUGACAGAAAUGGAAGCAAAGAUGCAACCCAAGAUCGAUAGCUUCAACCAACAACUCCAAUUCUUGUUGAAGAACAUUUCGGCGACACAUCUAUUUCCACAUGGGGUCUCGGACGAAAUUGCUCAAAGUGUUUAUACCCCUUGUGAUCUACCGCUUUGUGAUCCACCUCCUACUCGUAGUAGCUGUUAUUCAGUUGACACAUAUCCAGUUACAACAAUUAAGAGUUUACCAAAACAAAAUAAGAACCCAAGAGAUCAAAGUGGUGAACUAUCUGGUACUGGUAUACGACCUCCCAUUGUUGGUGAUGAUGUCUUACAGCACUUGGGAGACAGUUGCAAGUACUUAGUCAUGCUAUUGACACUAUUUCCACUUCAUAAAGACUUCAUUGAGUUGGAUAUAGAUCAGGCAAUCUUUCAUCAUACAAACACGACUUCUAUUUUUGUGAUGAUGGAUGAUAUAAAGGAUUUGAUAACGAUGCAUUGGCUUAACGUCUCAAUCAUACAAGUGUUUAUAUUAUUUCUUAAUCGGUUGUGCAAUCAACUUCAAGUCACGUCAAUCGGGUUUGUCUGCCCGACUCAGAUUUCAAAAGAUAUGGUUGUACAACAUCCUACUGCUGUUACUUCAUAUUUUGUUCACCUCAUGAAGCAGCACAACAAUAAACAAUUUAUUUUAGCACCAUAUCAUCAAGAGUCUCAUUGGUUACUCUUGGUGAUUUGCAUACACUCAAAGAUGGUAUAUGUCUUGGAUCCUUUGCCUUGUGAUCGCUACAUCGAAAUUAAAGUUAUUCUGAAUGUGGCAUUUCGCUCUGUUCCUUCAAAUGGACGGGUUAGGAGCAUAAAUUGGAAGCAGUGCAAAUGCCCGAUUCAACCGAGAAGUGUUGAAUGUGGAUAUUAUGUCAUGCGUUACAUGUUUGACAUCGUGACAAAAUAUUCAUCUAUUGACUGUUUGGAUGAGGCAUUUCAAAGCAAUAACCCUUACUCUAUCAACGAAGUAAAUGAGAUCCAAGAGCUAUGGGCAAAAUACUUCGUGAAAGAGUGCAUAUAAUGUAACUUUUAUUUUAGAUUAAAUAUUAUCUUGUUUUGAUAACUAAUUAUUGUGUUGAAAGUAACAGAUUGAUAUAAAUUAAAGUAUGAGUUAAUUCCAUUUUUGGUCA